UUUUGGGUGAAGUUAGAUUUUAUGUAUGUAAUAUGAAUAAAUAUAAAAGUACAGAUAUGCGAUGAAAACAAUAUCAUAUAGAAAGUGGCGGGAGAUUAUAAGUAAAUAGCAGAUCAGCUGAUGAGUGACAACAGACAAACGAAAGCUUAUUGUUCUUGGUCUUGGUUAUGGCGACAAGCAGUUCUGAUGGGUCCUGUACAGCACCUGCAGAUUUUCAGCUUUCGUCAGAAUUGGAAGACGUUUCGAAUCGUUUAAGCGUGAAUCUAUUGAAGUGCCCACUGUGCCAUAAUAGUCGUCGAAUUUUUUAUUGUCGUCAGUGUAUUCAAAAUGGAGAUUUUAUUCAUUCAACUUCUGUUUAUUCUGAACGAUUUGCAGAUAAACAAUUGCGACUUUUACGGUUGAAAGCUGCCAGAGCUCAAUUAGAAGAAAAAUGUGUAAAAGCUCUUGAAAAAUAUAAACAAAGGGAUAAAUUGAUAUGUGAUAUAAAUACUUGCAAAGAGAGAGUUAGACUACUUCAAUCAUUAGUAAAUGAAACAAGGCAAAGUAUAAACAGAGGUAAUCAACGUUUAAAUGUUCUGAAAGAUGUAAACUCUCAGUUAGCUCUUAGAUUACCUAGACAUGAAGAACGAAUUGAAAAACUACAUCGAUAUGUAACUGGUUUAAGAGCAAAACAAGAAAAACAAAAAGAAGCAGUAGAUAGAAAAAGGCAGCAGUUGAAAAAAGUUAUUAGAACUGCUGCAAAACAAUUGAUUCAAUAUAUUUUUCCAUUAUCCAAAGUGCAACCUAAUAGAAGUUUAUGUAGUAGUGAGGAAGAUACUAGUUCAGAUGUGACUUGUGCACUGGCAGAUGCAUCUGGAACAUCAUAUGUUAGAGGUAGAUGGAUUAAUGAUACAGAAAAUGCUUUAGAAGUUCAGCAUCGUAUAAUUGCACCAACUUUACCAGGAAGCGGAGAUUAUAGUGCUUAUUCUUUAUGGGUGGCAGCAAACAAAGAUGGAGUCCCAGGUGCAAAUAAAGAGACUGCAAUGCACAAUCCAGCAUACAAUAUCAGUGCUGCUUUAACAUAUGCAACACAGUUGGUUAAUAUUAUUGCUUAUUACGUUAAUGUAAGAUUACCAUAUAAGCUUGCUUAUGGAGAAUUUUGUGGAAAUGAAAUGUCAGAUCAAAAAUUUGCCAAAAAGGUAGCAAGGCUCAAUAGUAAUGUAUUACAUUUAUGUUUUACACAAAAUACUAAAAUUGCAGUUCUACAUCCAAUGCAUACUUUACAAAACUUAAUGCACUUGCUCAAUACAGAAAUUAGUGAUCUUGGAAGAAUUGGUCCAAUGGAAGUAGAUUCAAAUAUUGUAGCAAAAUUGCACAGUCAAUUAGUUCCCGAUUUAGAAAAUAGUGAUGAUUCUGCUUCUGAUGAAGAAGAAGAUACUUUUAAUUGGGAUUGGGAAGCUGUUCCAAAUGUUGCUUGUCCUGAAAUGGUAGUUCCCAUCCCUGGUGCAAUGAUUAGUCAACAAUCAUCUAGUAUGCAAGUGAAUCAAAGUGUUGCUGGAGGUUUAGUUACAAGUGCAGCAGCUAGUAUAGCUUCCAUUUGGCGUGGUUGGACGACAAAUAAAUAGACUGUUCUAUUUAAAUAACAAAUCUCUUUUUAUACAAAUCGUAUUUACAUAUGUGAAAACAUAUGUAAGAAAAGACAAGAAAUUGAUAAUUCUUUGUAAAAUGUGAAAUACUAAGUUGAGGGGUGAAUGUUUAAAAAUAUAAUAUACUGUAAAUAUGAAUUUAUUACUUACUAUAUAUAAUACAUGAAAUAGUUUAAUUCCGUGAUAACAAAUUUUGUAAGAUUUGACGAUUUAGUUAUUUUAUUUUAAACUAUUUAUGCAAUAUAUACUAAUUUGUGCUAUUACUUGUAAUAUAAUUCCAUAUAUUUUUAGGACGCUCAUAAUAGAUCGUAAUUCUAUGGUACAAAUUUUGUAAGUGUACAAACAAUGUUUGAACACACAUACAUACAUACAAACAAACGCAAACAUUUUCAAUAAUUGUUUAAUACGAUUCAUUAUUAAGAUGUGAGUUUAAAACGACUGCCUUUUUUAUACUCACUGCACUUCGUGUAAUUAUGUAUUUGUUAACAUAUACAUAAAAUACUUCCUCGCAUUAA